AAAAAAUAUUCCCGUUUGAAAGGUAAGAAAAGGACUAAACUCGAGUCUCACUAGCUUUGACAGCUGCUGCAGACGAUCUUGUUCAGCUAACGCUCCAACUUAACCGGUUUCCGCAGAUUUUUGAUUGUUCUUUUUUCUCUUUGAAACAUUUCCCGUCUUGAAUCAAGAAAUCAUGUACGAUGAUGAACAUAAAAAUCCGGGUCAAUGGGAAGUGGUUGGUGGGAAAACAAGCAGCAAACCAAAGGGAAAAACUGCUUCAAGUAAAAUGAAUGGAGCUGGAACAAAAACUGGUGCUGCACCUAAACCAAUCAUCAAAGUAGAUGAACUAGUUACACCAUUGGACACAAAAUAUGCCUUAUUGGACCCACAACUACGAGCUAAGGCAAAGCAAGAUGCUUUGGGUGUUCCUGAUAAGCCUGCGUCGAAAAGUAAACCAAAAGCAGCCAGCACUACUGUCAAUAAAGAUGUUGUGAAGAAAAAACCAUCCAAAGAAGUUGUGAAGGAAAAGGUUCCCAAAUCUCUUCCUGAAGCUCUAAAACAAAUUAACACUGCAGAGUUAAACACAGCUAUGACGACAGUCAAAGCCCGCUUCAGUGGCUCGCGCUUGUUGUGGUUGAAAGAACUCGCCUCUUACUUGAACAACCACACAAGUACAGAGCUAGAUCCUGUUUUCUCGGGGAAGUCGCGCGACUAUCCUUCCAGCGUCCUGUCGUCAGAAUUAAAAACCCUGAUCACCUCAACAAUACAGUCGUGUGAUGAUGAGGCAUUGAGCGCCUUCUUUGACCAAAGCCUCAUCACGAUGCCAAGUGACAUGAACAGAGGUGUGUCGGUAUCCGGUACAAAAAUAGUCUUGCAGCUUCUAAGUUUCCACAGGCCUACCGUAGUCCUGGCACAUCUCGCUCAUGCCAACGAGUUCCUUGCAGCCAAUGAAAGCAAUAGAGCUGUUACGCUCUCAAUCCUUUGGGUCCUGGCACAAUCGUCGUUCAAGGAUAGUCGAGUUGGAAUUCAAGUUUGGAUGGAAACCAUGCUCCCAUUGAUCAGCACGAAAAACUAUUGUGCUUACGUGGCGCAGAAUGCGGAAUACUUGGCGUCAAAAACAUCCAGCAUGAAGUCAUUAGCAAAUUCACUCACUGUGGCCGACUAUUUCAAGUUAGUCGAGCAGCUUCAGCAAGGAACAGUUCCUACAACGGCCCGCAAUGAAGUGGCUAAAUUAGUCCAGUCUCUUUCUCAACCAAUGAUAUCAGCUCAUGCGUCUAAGAUGUUUAUGCAAUAUCUACGAAAAUUGGUAUCAGACCCAUCUGGCCGGCCUGAUAUGUGCAAGAAAAUGGUCAGCUGCCUACGUGCUGAUGCCCAUUCAUACGAAUCUUGGCGCAAAGAGUACCGUUCCAACUUACUUUCUUCCAGUUGUUUCCUGCAGUGGGUCGCUGAUAAUGAACAAAUGUUUGCACGUGAAUCUCAAGAUUUCCAAGCAACGCUUAGUCACUUCCAGACCAUCAACAGCACUUAUCCCCCAACGGGCAAACCCCAACAGGGUCUCAAUGGCUGCAUUCAACUCUGUGAAUAUUUGAUGGGAAGCAAAAAGAACAAGAAAAAGCCGACCAGAUCGGGGUCGAAGCUGAAGUACCUCAACUACAUGAUGUUGAUUGCGUUGGCCUACUUGGUGUACUACGAUACACGCGUGUACGGCGAUGGCCAGUUUGUCAAUAGCCGUCUGGGGAAAGCUGCUGAACGUUCUGGCAUUACAGCCAAAGUGUUGGAACUUCAUCAGCUCGCGCAGCCUUAUUUAGCCGAAGCGGAAGAUCGUUUCGUCCUACUCAGAGAUGUGGUCUAUCGCAAAACAGGAGAAAUUCACCAACGUGCCGAGCCUUAUUUAGCUCAAGUCGGCGAUGGGAUGAUCCAAUUGAAGAAUGCAGUCUAUCGUAAAGGAGAAGAACUCUAUCCAGGCAUUUGGAGCGCAGCGGAUGAGAAAUAUCAAGCCCUUGUUUUGGUGACGAAAGAAAAAGCUGCUCUUGGUUAUGCGAUGGCCAUGGAAUACACCGAACUCGGAAUGGAAGCUGGUGCUCAAUAUUGGGAGAAAUUCGUCGAAUGGAGUGCCGUUUACCGUCAGCAAUUAGCCGAGCAAACUGUAAAGGUUAUUGAACUGACUGGAGGCUACGUUCAAUGCGCGCGUAAGACGAUUGCAGAGUUUAUGGAGAAAGAACAAGUUCAACAUGCCCUCAAGUACUCGUACGACAUGUAUCAUAAAGCCCUUCACGCUGUCGGCUUGUGUUCUCAUUAACUUUCCAUGUCGGUUGGUCUUUUCAAAAUUGAUUCUUUUGUUUUCGGUUCUGAACAUUUAAGUCCUUAGUUGUGAAAUGUCACUUCAGGGAACAAUGAUUUUUUUUUUUUUAAGAAAAGAAAUUAUCCGUUCGGCAAACAACGUCCAACAUUUGACAGAUUAUGAAAGCGGAAUACAUAUGAUGGGGUGGAA